GCCCACAGAUGACAGUAACCAGCCCCCAGGAAGAGGAGUGCUGUCCAUGCCGGGUCUGAGUCACGGGGUCAUCCGGGUGGACUCUGAGGAGAAGCUGUCUGUUCUCACCUUGCAAGACGUCGGCACCGUCAUGCCAGGAGGUAAACACUAGGGUUGCAAUUCCAGUAACUUUCCCAAAAUUUCCAGGUUUCCAGAAAUCCUGGUUGGAAGAUUCCCGGCAUCAGAAUGGAAUAAGAAGGAAGUCAGGUAACCUGCAACUGGUAUUUCUGGAACACCUGGGAAUUUGGAAAAGGUUACUGGAGAUUGUGUAACCCUACUACAAACACAGCUUUAUGUCUGCUUUAUGCCCCUAACAAGGAUAGAAAGCAGCAUAACAAACAUCAUUUACCAGACACACACACAUUACUUGAUGGAUGACUGAAUUAUCCAAAAAAGAUUGCUUUGAUAUCCAUAUUUUGAGAUGAAGCAGAAGUUGUUCAUUAUCCAGAUAACGUCAUAUGAUAAUGAGAGUGGAAUCUUUUUUCCAUGUGAAAUCCUGGCAUUACUCACCGACGCCUCAUAACUGACCAACACGAACACGCAUAAAGAAGUUAUAUUGACCCUGAAAUAAAAAUAUAAAAAGCGUAAUCGGAGCAUUCCUCAACGGAGAGUUCAACCUACUUUUCUAAGGAGUGUGUUUUUGUGAUUUGGCUCAGUGGGAGGGUUGGAGAGGGUAACUCAAAUGGCACCCUAUUCCCUACAUAGUGCCCUACUUUUGACCAGAGCACUAUGGGAAUUAUAUAAGGUAUUUGGGAUGCAGCAAGACCGAGGUAGAAGUGGGGGUUGUGUGAUGUGUUUCUAGAGUCCAGAGGGCCCCAACCUCCCCAGCAUGUGGUGCCAAGAUGAGUGCCUGGCUGCCUGAUACAGAGUCCAUAAAGGACCUUUACACCCACACAAAGGCCCUGCAGCCGUGACCCAGGGCCGUGGGCUUCCAUACCACCUCCCUAUCCCUUAACCUGUCUCCUUCCAGCACCAGAUAAGGGUCACCCUAACCUCAUUUCCUCACCUGCUCUCUGUUAGGGGCUUCCUGGGAGUGUGUUGAUCCUGGGUCCUGAGGACCCAACACCUUUUUAUUGUCCUCCACCUCUGACCACACCAGGGAUGUGUCCCAAAUGGCAUCCUGUUCCUUAUAUAGUGCACGCACUACUUUUGACCAGAGCCCUACGGGUACUGGUCAAAAGUAGUGCACUAAAUAGGGAAUAUGGUGCCAUUUGGGACACAGACCAGAAGAGUGCACCCUCAGUUUUCCCCCUCAGCUAUAUGCUGCAGAGUAAUGCAGUGACUAUAUAAUGAAGUGCACUUGGCUUAAUCAGGACCAGGGAGGUAGCUGGGCCAGGCUUCACUGCUCUAAACCCCGCUCUCUCUCGCUUGCUGCUGUUGACUAAUAAACCCUUGGCCUCAAUGUCUCUCCCUCUUUUUUUCCCUCCACUCUCCUCCUCUUUUUGUUUUCUUGCAGCUCUCAUGUGUGUAGUGAAACCAGAUGGGGUUCCGCAGUUAUGCAAAACAGAUGAGAUCGGGGAGCUGUGUGUGUGUUCUAUCGCCACGGGAACGUCGUACUACGGUCUCUCAGGCAUGACCAAGAACACCUUUGAGGUAAGGCCUAACAGCGUGGUGUUAUGUGCUGAGCUACCCCUGGGUCCUGGCUAGGGACGGUUAGGACGCCUGGGGAUUGGCUUUAACAACUGCUGUUGUUCAAUAGUUUUAAAAACAUAUUCCACAUUCCUCAAGUGCUCUAUUCAAUCCAUUAGUGGAGAGAGAGUAAUUUUAUGGAAUUGCACCCUAAUGUGAUGCGUUUAUUCAUUCAUUUGUUUUAUUUAUCCAUUGGGCUAAUUUAAUCAUCACUUUCUCUACCUGAAUUUCAGGGAUUGCAUGUGAUGCUUGUGUGUGUAUUGCAGGUUGUUAGGAGAGUGAUAAACAAAGGUGUGUGUCUGUACUCUAGGUGUUCCCCAUGAACAGUGUUGGGGCUCCCAUCAGUGAGUACCCCUUCACCAGGACAGGCUUGCUGGGCUUCGUGGGUCCUGGGGGACUGUGCUUCAUCGCUGGCAAGAUGGACGGCCUCAUGGUGGUGGGGGGAAGGAGGCACAAUGCUGACGACAUCGUGGCUACAGCCCUGGCUGUGGAGCCCAUGAAGUUUGUCUACAGGGGGAGGUGGCUGCUAAUCCAUCAGUUGUGGAUAGGAGUUUUUCUUCAUGUGAACUUACCAGGAAAACCUCUGGGCCCUAUUUAAAGGCUAUAUUUCUUGGUCAAGUCAUGUGGACUGGAAAAGCUCCUGACACUACUUAAAUAAGAAAUGAUGACUUAAUUAAGAAAUUAUGGUGAUCGUAGCUGAUUGAUUGUGUCUGUGUUUAUGCAGUGUUGGUAACAGUAUUGGUCUCCUGUUUCUAUGUGCUCCAGGAUAGCUGUGUGCUAAUGCAAACAGUAUUGGUCUCAUUCUAUAUGUAAUACUAUGGUUGGUCUGCCAUCUCUCUGUUCUCCAGGAUAGCAGUGUUCUCCAUCUCUGUGUUACAUGAUGAGAGGAUCGUGGUGGUGGCCGAGCAGAGACCUGACUCUACAGAGGAGGACAGCUUUCAGUGGAUGAGCAGAGUGCUGCAGGUGCACAUGCACGCACGCACACACACAGUAUACACACACACACACACACACACACACACACACACAAACACACACACACACACAGUAUACACACCAGUAGACUGAGCCCUGUACUGUAAUAACCCAGCUCUCUGGGCUACUAUCCAUAACUGAAGAGACUGUGGUUUCACUGUUAAAGCUGUUUCCAGCUGUGUGAUUGCAGUCAAAACAAAUAAGAUAAAAUGUUCUCUUCCUCUUUAUCCGAUUACACAUGGCCUUGGUGUCUUUACGACUGUAGCCAUAUUCCACUUAAGUCAAACGUUCACUUAGUCAUGCAUUGAUGUCAAUAGGAGACCAGGUGAGAAUUUGACUUAAUUGGAAGUUAAGAUUUGCUCCUUAGCCAUCCAUACCUAACAUAUCUCAAACAGUGAGAAUCAGUGUUCCUCCAUGUACAGGCAAUAUGGCAUGUCUUUACUACUGUAGCCAUAUCUAAUGCAGUAUAAUAGUGCACUACUUUUGACCAGAGUCCUUUGGGACACACAUCACCCUAAUCCCUGUACCCUUCCCUCCCCAUACAGGCCAUAGAUGGGAUCCACCAGGUGGGGGUGUACUGUCUGGCCCUGGUCCCCUCCAACACACUUCCUAAAACCCCUCUGGGGGGCAUCCACCUGUCAGAGACCAAGCAGCUGUUCCUGGAGGGCUCCCUGCACCCCUGCAACGUCCUCAUGUGUCCCCAUACCUGUGUCACCAACCUGCCCAAGCCCCGGCAGAAACAACCGGGUCAGACACUAUGUUACACCAUAGGACACCAUCCUGAGUGGGUCUGCCUGGGGGAUUGAUUAGUUCAUUUGUUUAACUGAAAUCCUUAGUUUACAUGGUGAUUGAGAUAUCUACGGCCAUUUAAUUAAUCUUCUUCAUAUGUCUUGAUUCUGUUGGAUGAGGUGUAGAACUAAGAUUAUGCCGAUUCAGGACUGUACAGGGAUUGUUUUGUAAUCUGGUCCGGUGACUAUUGUAACAUGUCCCGUCUGAUCCAACACAUCCCAUCCCAUAGCGCAACGGUCACCUCUCCAUUAGUUCUAGGACUGUGUUCCCCCUAGAUAGAUGUUCAUUUACAACACAGGUUUCACUGGCCAUUUUGUCUGAAAGGCGCUAUGUCAGAGUAGAAUCCAUCCAGUCAAUUGACCCAUCCAUUCGGUUGCCUUCGCCUCUGAACACAAGGUCAAUCUCAGCCCACCCUGUCACUGUAAAUCUCUGGGAAUUAGGGAGAAUUCACUGCACACACAAUGUGAGCUAGUAUAUAUCACUGUAGAUCACAGCCAGGGAUAUAGACUCCACAUGUUUGUAUCAGUGUGUCACUCUGUAUGUGCGUUGUCUCAUCUAUAUCUCUCUGUCCACAGAGAUUGGGCCUGCCUCUGUGAUGGUGGGGAACCUGGUGUCGGGGAAGAGGAUUGCCCAGGCUAGCGGCAGGGACCUGGGCCAGAUGGAAGACAAUGAUCAGGCAAGGAAGGUGUGUGUGCUGUGCUGCUGUCUGAGGGCUUGGUUUUCAUCAACACCCUCACCUACAUCAGCAUGCUCAUUAAACCAUGGACUGUGGGCCUCCAGCUGAAUAUUAGCUGUGUCCCAAAUGCCACCCUAUUCCAUACAUAGUGCACCAAAUGCCACCCAUAUUACAUACAUAGUGCACUACUUUUGACCAGAGCCUUAUGGGCCCUAGUGCACUAUAUAGAGAAUAGCGUGCCAUUUGUGAUGUAGCGUGAAUCAGUUGAAUAUGGCACACUCUUCAUGUUUAAGUUGACCGUCUACCAUCAUUUGAUCCCCUCAUACCUGACACUAUAGUUGUACUGUAGUUCAGCCAUUGUUCAUCUAUAGUCUCCCCAAGUCAUCUGAAUUAUUUAUCCAACAUCCUCUGUUUUUAUAGUAUUCUACAUCUCUAUCAUAUAUCUAAGUAUUUAUAUGGAUGGAGCAGACCAUAUACAAUUCUGCUAUCAUGCCUUGCACAAUACAGAAAAAAAAGACCACCGCCCCGUGGUCCAGUUAGAUGUAUUGUUAGAGAUCUACUCUGAUUUUGACUCAAGUGUCAAGGCUAAAAAUAUCCUGGGAUUGGUAGACUGUUGUUGUUACAGAACUAAAUGGAACAAAGCUUUUAAAAGCAUCGUUGAGACAACAUUAGAAUAUUUAGUAUGCACAGUAAGACAUUUCUCAAUGGUAUUUUCCAUUUCAUAGACAGACGUCUAAGAGGCUCUCUGUCUCAGAGAUACCUAAUAAUAGGGUGUGUAACUGUACCGUGGACUGCGUCCCAAAUGGAAUUUUCCCUAUGUAGUGCACUAUUUCCCUAUGUAUUCCCUAUUGACCCUGGUUAAAAGUAGUGCACUAAUAUAGGGAAUAGGGAUCCAUUGGGACACAGUGCGGUGUGUUCGCGCUAGACUGAAGUAGGGACUGUAGAGUGCCUACCCAGCGUAGCUCUAGGUAUUGACACUAGGUCUCAGGUUUCCCUGUCUCCAUUGCUUCCUCUCUGUUUCCACUGAGCGUUGGAACUAUCCCUUCAUCAACAUUUUCUUUAUAUUAAGUAGGAAGCUUAAACCAGUCAAACUAACAGAUUGAUGUAGUGUUGGCUUCUCUAAGCCCUUACUUCAUAUCUGGGUAAUGGAUAGCAGAUCAUACUGGUUGGUAUACUGAGUGUUGGGGAAGGAUUGUAGUGUUGGGGAAGGAUUGUAGUGUUGGGGAAGGAUUGUAGUGUUGGGGAAGGAUUGUAGUGUUGGGGAAGGAUUGUAGUGUUGGGGAAGGAUUGUAGUGUUGGGGAAGGAUUGUUGUGUUGAUGAAGGAUUGUAGUCUUGGUUAGUUUGGUUUGGUUUGAUUAGCUUUUCCUUGAAAUAUCAAACUGUACAUCUCCCUCAGGGCUUUAGGACUACCCUGGCAAAUGGCACCCUAUUCCCUACAGUGCACUACUUUUGACCAGGGCCCAUAGGGCUCUGGUCUAAAGUAGUGCACUACAUAGGGAAUAGGGUGCCAUUUGGGACGAAGCCCCUGUCAGUACAGAGGUGUAAUAUCAGAGGGGGUGUAUGUGAUUUGACUGAUUCUAGAUUUGAUAGCACUUUAUUUUCCUUUUACAGUGGCAGAGGUGUGGAAAGUAAUUAUUAAGAAAGGAAUGUGUGGUGCCUGGCUUGUGGCACUGAGCAACGGUGAGCGUAGCCGUAGCGUAGCGGAGACAGAAUUGAUUUCCCCUUUCUCUCAUGCUGAAGAAUCUCAUCAAUCACCCUGUUAGGCAGCCGCUUGGGCAGUACGACCUCUAAUGUAAAGUGACAAGGCAGACGACAGCAACAACACAACACACAGUCAGAUUUCUUCUGUUUUACUUUCCCUCUGGAAGACAGGACACAUUGGCUGAAUUUCAAAUGGCACCCUAUUCCCUAUAUAGUGCACUACUUUUGACCAGGGCCCGUAGUGCUUUGGUUAAAAGUAGGGCACUAUAUAGGGAAUAGGGUGUCAUUUGGAACGCAAACAUUGUUUGUGGUGUGGUUUGGAUUCCUCUGACUCAGACUCUUCAUGUUCUUUUCCAUUUGAUUUAAUCCCCCUAGCAACCAUCAGUCUGUAUCCCUUCCUCUGCUCCUUUGUUCUGUUCAGCAUGCCAACCAGACCAUAAUAAUCACUGCUGCUUUGCUUCCCUCUCAUUAUCACCUUAACGCACCGAAAUGGUCUGGCUGUCUCCAUGCUCAUUCAUCUGAAAAUCAGGCCCUCUGUGUGAAUGGGUUUUUCUGAUUCUUCGUAGCUCUAUUUCCUUAAUAGUCAAUGUUGUGAUUUUAAACCUGUGCUCGAUUAUCUUGCCAUGUCUAACCCAAUCAAUGAAUUUGCGUCAGGAAAUGGUUGCUGCUCUAGCAUGUUUAAAAAUGUAUGCAACACUGGUUUGAUAUUUUUCUUUCUAGCAUAACUAAUACUUGUGUUUAAGUUCAUGUUACUGUUGCUGAAAUGUACACCACUGACCACCUAGUUGGUCACAUAACAGUAAAGACUGAUAUCCACUUUGAUAAUGACAACUGAUACUUUUCAGCUAAAUCUCUUCUACACAAGCUCUGGAAUCACAGAUGCUUAACAAACAGAUGAAGCUCUCUCUUCUCUGUGCUGAUUUUAAUCCAGCCCUGGAAUCUGAGUCACAGACAGACACUGACUGGCUGGGCUGAUUUAAAGACAAUGGGUCGUUGUGCUGCUCUGUACUGACCAGGCAGGCACAGGCUUUACUAGAGCACUCUGGGGGAGUCUCAGAGGAGAGGGUGGGCCAUCACCGUUCAAUACAGACCUCUGUCAUUCAUAUCUGCCGGUCUCUCUACUGGCUGUCACAGCUCUGACAAUACUGGGCUUGCAUCCCAAAUGGCACCCUAUUCCCUAUGUAGUGCACUACUUUUGACCAAGGCCCAUAGGGCUCUGGUCAAAAGUAGUGCACUAUAUAGGGAAUAUGGUGCCUUUUGGGACAUAGCCUGGGCCUCUCUCCCACUGAUCUAGCCUAAUCUACGGUAGUGGGACGGUUUCCUGUGAACAGAAAGGAAACAGAAUACAUUGGUUUUACUGAAUUAUCCACAGGGCUUAUGGCAAGUGGCUGAAUGAUGUUUUCAUCAGGAAACGGUGUUUAUAUUUUGCCAAUGUUGUAGUGGCGUUGGCAAACUCGACUAAGUUCCUGUCUUAAUGUUUGUUUGAGUGCAGAGAGAAGGAAGGAGUCACUUAGUUUUAGGCAGGCCCUGACUUGGUGUGUGUCCCAAAUGGCACCCUAUUCCCUAUGUAGUGCACUACUUUUGACCAAACCCCCCAUGGGCCCUGGUCAAAAGCAGUGCCCUACACAGGGAAUAGGGUCCCAUUUGGGAAACAGCCAUGGCUUCACAGGGAAUAGUAUGUCCUGUGUGUCUGUUGGAAACAGGCCUUCCUAUGGAAUUAGACAGGAAAUAUCAAAUGACUGUGUUUCAACAGGACAACAUCUGUCCCUACUUAAUGGCAAGAGCCUUAGUGUAAAACUAAGCACUUUCAGCAGCUGUAAUUUUCACAGCAUUUUUCAAAAACUAGACAGGCUAAAGUGGCGGUUGGUGGUGGGUGGAUUUUCCUGGGGUGUUCAGAGCAGCGAAGUAAGUAAUGGUGUAAGUCCCAAAUGGCACUCUAUUCCCUAUAUAAUGCAUUACAAAAGUAGUGCACUAUAAAGGUCAUAGGGUGCCAUUUUGGAACACACAUCUAGCAUUCAGAGCAGCGUAGAAGAUCACAGAGAACAUAACUUAGUAUCUGUAGCAGUUGGACCCGGUGGAUUAAAACAGUGCAUACUGAAUCCCUAAUUCAUCACUAUAAGAGCAGGCCUGAAGACAGGCAAUAUUACACUACAGACCCCUAACUUUCAUGCUCUGCGCCUAUAACAGAACCAACCUCCAAAAGGCAUGAAUUACACUCCACUCUUUACUCCUCCACUGCCCCCACGACUGAAACCUUGAAAAAUUCAUAAGCUGAGACACGCUUGGCCCCUUCUCUUAUUUCUCACUCUUUUCUAUCUGCACCACCGAUAUGGAGCUCAUCUCCCUCUCUCUCUCUCGCUCUCUCUCAGCAACUGAACCAGUGCCUUCAGUAUUUCAUUUUGAAAUGUUAUGAGAGCAGGUCAUUGUGCUAAAAUAAUGAUUUAUUUGAUUAAGAACUCAGCAUGUCACCUUCUAAUAUGAAGCUCUGACUUGACCAGCUGGUACACUACAUGACCAAAAGUAUGUGGACACCUGCUCGUCGAACAUCUCAUUCCUAAAUCAUGGGCAUUAAUGUGGAGUUGGUCCCCCCCUUUGUUGCUAUAACAGCCUCCACUCUGGUCCUCUGUAGCUCAAUUGGUAGAGCAUGGCGCUUGUAACGCCAGGGUAGUGGGUUCGAUCCCCGGGACCACCCAUACGUAAAAAUGUAUGCGCACAUGACUGUAAGUCGCUUUGGAUAAAAGCGUCUGCUAAAUGGCAUAUUAUUAUUAUAUUAUUCUGGGAAGGCUUUCCACUAGAUGUUGGAACAUUGCUGCGGGGACUUGCUUCCAUUCAGCCACGAGCAUUAGUGAGGUCGGGCACUCGCAGUCGGCGUUCCAAUUCAUCCCAAAGGUGUUCAUUGGGGCUGAGGUCAGGGCUCUGUGCAGGCCAGUCAAGUUCUUCCACACCGAUCUCGACAAACCAUUUCUGUAUGGACCUCACUUUGUGCACGGGGGCAUUGUCAUGCUGAAACAGGAAAGGGCCUUCCCCAAACUGUUGCCACGAAGUUGGAAGCACUGAAUCAUCUAGAAUGUCAUUGUAUGCUGUAGCGUUAAUAUUUCCCUUCACUGGAACUAAGGGGCCAAGCCCACACCAUGAAAAACAGCCCCAGACCAUUAUUCCUCCUCCACCAAACUUUACAGUUUGCACUAUGCAUUUGGGCAGGUAGCGUUCUCCUGGCACCCGCCAAACCCAGAUUCGUCCAUUGGACUGCCAGAUGGUGAAGCGGGAUUCAUCACUCCAGAGAACGCGUUCCACUGCUCCAGAGUCCAAUGGCGGCGAGCUUUACACCACUCCAGCCUACUCUUAGCAUUGUGCAUGGUGAUCUUAGGCUUGUGUGUGGCUGCUUGGCCAUGGAAACCCAUUUCAUGAAGCUCCUAACAGUUGUUGUGCUGACGUUGCUUCCAGAGGCGGUUUGGAACUUAGUAGUGAGUGUUGCAACCGAGGACAGACAAUUUUUUUUUGGCUUCAGCACUCUGCGGUCCCGUUCUGUGAGGUUGUGUGGCCUACCACUUCGCGGCUGAGCCAUUGUUUCUCCUAGAUGUUUCCACUUCACAAUAACAGGACUUACAGUCGACCGGGGCAGCUCUAGCAGGGCAGAAAUUUGACGAACUGACUUGUUGGAAAGGUGGCAUCCUAUGACAGUGCCACGUUGAAAGUCCCUGAGCUCUUCAGUAAGGCCAUUCUACUGCCAAUGUUUGUCUAUGGAGAUUGCAUUACUGUGUGCUCGAUGUUAUACACCUGUCAGCAACGGGUGUGGCUGAAAUAGCCUAAUUCACUAAUUUGAAGGGGUGUCCACAUACUUUUGUAUGUAUAGUGUAGCUACUUUAUUGAAGAAACAUUUACUUACUAUGACUGUGAUAUGUGGUUGUCCUACCUAGCUAUCUUAAGAUGAAUGCACUAACUGUAAGUUGCUCUGGAUAAAUGACUAAAAUGUAAAUGUAAAAAUGUAACAGCUUCUCUAAAAUACGCUAACAAGUUUUGUGAUAUGGCAGACAUGUUUUAGCCACUGCUACUCAGGGAUUUCAUUACUGUACCUCUCUCUCAUAGGCGAUGUCUGAAAUGGCACCCUAUUCCCUAUAUAGUGCACUUAUUUUGACCAGAACCCUAUGUAUGCCCUUGUCAAAAGUAGUGCAUCUACAUGGAGAAUAUGGUGCCAUUUGUGACACACACCUCCUGUCUGAUUUGAACACAGAGACAGAAUGGCCUCUCCUCUCCUCUCGGAGUGUGUGAUCCAGCCAGAGGCUUAUUUGAUUUUCCCUUCUUUUGUAUAUUUUAGUUCCUCUUCCUCUCCGAAGUGUUACAAUGGAGGGCCCAGACCACUCCGGACCAUGUGCUUUACACACUGCUCAACUGCAGGGUGAGUGAGGCCUGGCUAAAGGCUGUAUUGUCAUUGUUCACAUCUGACUCCUAAUGUGUUGUACAGAUAGCAGUAGCUGCUGAAAUAGUUGGCAUUGUUUUCGCUUUUUAUUGAGACCCAUCAGGAUUUUAUUUGAAGUAGGCCUAUCAAAGACCUAUUGAAACUUUAAACUGUAAAUCAUAAUUUUCUUGCCCUCUAUCUUUCUCUCGUCUCUCUUUCACUCUCUCUCGUGUGUUUGUGUGUGUGCCUGUGUCUUUGUGUGUGUGUGACCACAGGGGACAAUAGCCAGCUCUUUGACAUGUAUCCAGUUGCAUAAGAGAGCAGAGAAGAUUGCUACCAUGCUGGCGGAGCGAGGACACCUGCAGGACGGGGAUCACGUUGCGCUCGUCUACCCCCCUGGUAGGUCUGCUGGCUGUGGCUGACCUACCCAUCACAUCUCUCACUGGGUUUAUCACCAGCAGUCAUGUGUUAUUUAGCAGUCAGUUAUCAUUUAUCAAUCUAGAAUCUCUCUAUGCUUCCAAACCAGGGCCAAAGCCACAUUGCACUAUGUACUGAUCUUUAAGGGCACACACAGAGAAGGCACUGGGUGUUCCAAGAUUUAAAAAGUAGAAUUCUAAUUUGGAACUCUAUUAGUAUUUGGGAGCCAGAGAAAUUCAAGCGUUCAAGUGAAGCCAUAGGUCCAUAAUGAAAAGACUCAGUCAAGCAGGACAAAAUCCUGACAAGGGAGAUUGCCUGAGAGAGCCAUUCAAUUAACUUUCUCUAGGACAGCCAGCUCAAUACUUCACCUUGUCCUGAGGGUGCAGUGUCUUUCUGUCUGUCUGGAGGCUGGUUCCGAUUUGGCACAGGGACUCAUGGACUGACGGACCAGAACUAAUAUCCUCUCUCUCUCUCUGUUUGACCUUCAUGCAGGGAUUGACCUGAUCGCAGCAUUCUACGGGUGCCUGUAUGCGGGCUGCGUGCCAAUCACUGUGCGACCUCCGCACCCCCAGAACAUAGCCACCACUCUGCCCACAGUGAAGAUGAUCGUGGAGGUAAGUGCCUCGUUGACAUCCUCCAUGUAUCAAGUCGUCAUCGCAUCACAACUGACCUUUCAUCUGAGAAAAUGUAGACGUAGAUGCAUAAGAGGUGAUAUUAAAGAGAGCUGGAUCCUCUAAGGCGACAGAGUAGGCCUUGUCUUUCUGGAGCAUUUUACAACGUGUGUUUGCGGAUGCGUGCGUGUGUGUCUAAACGUGUCUGUGUAUCCGAACUUGUAUUUGCGUGUCUCAACAGGUGUGUCUCAAUGUGUGUGUGUCUCAACGUGUGUUUGUUUUUCCUAACGUGUGUGUGUGUGUGUGUGUGUGUGUGUGUGUGUGUGUGUGUGUGUGUGUGUGUGUGUGUGUGUGUGUGUGUGUGUGUGUGUGUGUGUGUCCAGGUGAGCCGCUCGGCGUGUAUGAUGACCACAGCGGGGAUCUGUAAAUUGCUAAGGUCGAAGGAGGCGUCAGCAGCAGUGGACGUCAGGACCUGGCCUCCUGUCCUGGACACAGGUAAGAGACUACAUUACCCACGCUGCACCAGUCACCUCAGUCAGACUCCAUUACCCACUUUAGCCUGAGGGUCGGGACUUCUUUACAACAGACACCAAUGCAGAGAUCUUACGACCAAUCAAGACAAAUGAGAAUGUCAGGAAUGUAAUUUAUCCUCUACUUAAGAAUGUAUUUGUGAUAACAGUGGUCUUGUCCUUUCUCUCUGUCCUUUAGAUGAUCUGCCAAAGAAGAAACCUCCAAUUUUGUACAAGCCGUCCAAUCCAGACACACUGGCCUACCUGGACUUCAGUGUGUCCACCACAGGGAUGCUAGCAGGAGUGAAGGUAAAUAACUUCUAACCAGAAUGUGUUUCUCCUAUCAGGGGGGCUGAUAUCUCUAAAAGCAUAUUAAGUGAAACAGAAACAAGCUGUAUAACGCACUUUGAAAUGAUCGUCUGAGUGAAAAGAUAGUAGUGACAUUUGAAAAACAUGAAAGCGGUUAUUGAUCCCAGCCCCCCUCUGCUGUGGAUGACUAGCUGAAUCUGUCACAGUACAGUGCUCACUCAGAAGGCCUAUUCUCCCUGGCGCCACAGAUCCAACCCCAUACUAGGACACGCCUUGUUCACAGUUCAUCUGGCCAUGUAGAAACCUUUGUCUGACCGACGAAGCUCAGUAGGAAAUCCAGUGAAAAGCAACUUGUAAAGAUUAGUCUUUUCACUGGUCUAUAAGGGAAGCAAUUAUGCUAUCAGUUCCUCAUUGGACGAGGCUAAGUGGAUUUUCUACCUUCACCUAGAGGCGAUUGUCCAUUCUGUUCUCCCUCUAGCUGUAAACACAUUGAAGAAUGGGGUCGAUUUAGGUGGUGGUGGGGGAAAGUUGUUGUGGUGUGUGGGGCUCUUUUCCGUAGUUUACUAAAACAAAAUGCCCUCUUUGGGAUGUUGGGAUGUUCAGCUAUGUUAAAUAAUUGUCUCUCAUGCUGUAUACUGAUUACCAUAACAAAAUCCUGAAUUUGCUCCAUAACAAAACCCUGUCUGCUCCUGCUAAUACGUCCCAAAUGGCACCCUAUUCCCUACAUAGUGCACUGCUUUUGACCAGAGCCCUAUGUGCCCUGGUCACAAAUACUGCACUGUAUAGAGAAUAGUGUGUCAUUUUGGAUGCAGAAAGGAUUGCGUGGAUUACUGUUUUUAAAUGGGACAAUAACCACUUACAUCAACUGGAGAGGGGACACACAGACACACCAAGUCGUGAAAGCGUUAUCCCACUAUAUAUUCAGCCGUGUUGAGUCAUUGUUCUACGAUUUAAUUUAUUCAUUCGUUAAGGAUUCAGGAAGUGGUACUCGUACUAGCAGCUCAUGAGAAUAUUUGCAUGAAUAGUUUUUUGCAGUGCAUUUCCUAAUUCUGAUGCAGUUCAAUUGAAACUUAAAACAAAGCUUUUGGCUUGAAUACCAUACAUUGAUAAAGUUCAGAAUGAAUGACUGUGGUACACAGUUCAGUUGUACGUCAUUUGUAUAUUGUUUAGUAAAGGGCUACCCUGGUAGAAAUGAUACCAACUGUAUAUAGACUGUAUUUGUUGGUUUUGUGAUGUAGUGAAGUUAGCCUGAGUGCCAGUCUGUUUGUGCCACCAUGCCAACUCCUUGUCACUUGUUGUCAUAUUUUGCAAUGGAGUUUUGCAAACAGAUCUGGGACCAGGCUAUAGCCAAGUAGAGUGUGAAAACGAUAUUCCUAAUCUGUAUGCGUUUGUUCUUGUCAUCCCUCCCGUGUAGAUGUCUCAUACUGCCACCAGUGCCUUCUGCCGUUCUAUCAAACUGCAGUGUGAGCUGUACCCCUCCCGUGAGGUGGCUAUCUGCCUGGACCCCUACUGCGGCCUGGGCUUCGUCCUCUGGUGCCUUUGCAGGUGAGACAGAGAGAGAUGGACCCUUCUAGCCUCGUCACUGCCCACCCAUCACAUCAUACACACCUAGCUUUGCUGCAUCAACACUUCACACACACACACACAGCUACCCCUGUACCUCUGUUCUGUAGAAGCCCUGCGCUUUACUCAGACCCUCACACACGGUGAGUGACGGGACGUCCUCAUCAGAAUGCACCGUCUCUCACUAGCUACAGAUGUCAGAAAGCCUGUCUUCUUCAGGCAGGGACAGUUAGACCUGUGCCAUGCUGGGGCCUUGUCAGGACAUUACAGGCCUGUCAGAGGCCAUGGGGGGGGGGGGGGGGGGGGGUCGAGAGAGAGGCCGUGGACCGUAGAAGAGUGAGUGUUGAAGCAGGAGGCCAAAUGCAGCUCAUGCAUUAUUCUGCUGUGUUUAGCCUCCCCACCCGCCUCCUUGUGAUGAUGACGCCGUUCUGCUCCGCUCUUCGCUGGGCUCUCUUUAAUCGCCUCCCCAUUGGAAGCACUCUCUGGCAUGGCACCACUCAACUUGUCAAAUCUUCAGAUGGAAAAAUGCUCAGCUGUCCAAAAACCAGGACCGUGCUAAAGAACAAAGCUGUUUUAUUUGCCAGGAGUGUGUUUCAGCUUGGGAGUGUUUCUGAUUUAUGCCUACGCAAACUAGCCCUGAUUGUGUUAUUCAGUGUAGAAUUCACUAGCUACUAGCUAGCUGCACUAUAGAGGUUGCGUUGGCCUUGAUGAAAUGGCAUUGGCCUGGAUUAUAAAUGGAGUCACUGAAUACAUAACGUAGUUGGCUGUUAGUACACUCAUGGUCCCGGUCACUGGUGUGAAGUGUUUGAAGUUUUUAUGUUAAGUUUGUGUGCACUCAGGCUAUGCACUUACUGUACACUACAUGUCUCUUGUGUGUACUACUUAGUUACAGUGUCCUGUGUGUAGUGUGUACUCACUCUGUGUCUCCUGUUUCUAGUGUGUACUCCGGCCACCAGUCGAUCCUGAUCCCGCCUUCAGAGUUGGAGGUGAACCCUGCUCUGUGGCUGCUAGCUGUCAGUCAGUACAAGGUCAGGGACACCUUCUGCUCCUACAGCGUCAUGGAGCUGUGCACCAAGGGCCUAGGGCUGCAGACCGAAUCACUCAAGGUAGGUAUCCUUCUUCCAAAUCACCACAACAAUGAUACUUAGAUAAGAUAAAAUGUUAUUACAAUGUGAUGACCUGAGAGUAAAACACUUUGACAACUGCUGAUGUAAAAAAUAUUGAUUAAUUGUCUGAUUAGUUGAUUGAUUACAAUCUAGUCCAUCAACCCAGACUCAUCCAGCCUGGUUAGUUCUGAUUUGAUCCAGUUAGUUCUGGUUUCUCUGUCAGUCUCGACCCCUGGACCUGUCGCGGGUGAGGACGUGUGUGGUGGUGGCAGAGGAGAGACCCAGGAUAGCUCUGACUCAGUCCUUCUCCAAGCUCUUCAAAGACCUGGGCCUCCACCCCCGAGCAGUCAGCACCUCAUUCGGCUGCAGAGUCAACCUGGCCAUCUGUCUGCAGGUACAAUCAGUACCUUCCUCCUCUCCUCUGCUCAACUCUUACCAAGUUCAGUAUCUUUGGGUGCUGUCUCUCUCUGUCCCCACUCUGUCACCAGUGGGACUCCGAUAGACUGAAUUAAAAGGAAAACUCCAGAACGCUGGUGAUGUCGAUGCAUCCAACAGUUAAUCGAUCCUAUUACCAAUGUUUCCACCAUAGUAGACAACGUGCUCUUUGAUAGCCAAUGGGUGUUUAUUGUGGCUCUGUUGUUGUCUUGUGUUUGUUGAAAGGCGUGCUACUGUUUCUUGGCAUUCUCUCUGCCUCCAGUAUCGUUUGCAAAGCCUUCUCCUCAAGUCUUGGAAGUUAGUUGUGUUUCUUUUAUUUAGAGACUUUUUGUGAACUCCCUAGUUGCAUUGCGGUUUGUUUGUUUUUUGGGGUGAGGGAGAUUAAUCUGAUUUAAUUUAAUGGACUAUAGUCAUUAAUCUGUAUUUGUGUGACUUAACAUGGGAAGCCACAAUUGCCCUAGGGCCAGCCUAUGGGGCCUACAGUAAUAAUCCUGUCAGGGUUUACAGCUCGCAGGAGGAGAAGCCAACAUGCAUAGAUGUCCUCUACAUAUCUCACUCUCUCUGCCCUCUGCCCUCUGCCCUCUGCUUCUCACCAAAAAAAAUAUAUUACCAGACAUAGCUCAGUGUAUGUGUGCGUCUCAAAUGGCACCCUAUUCCCUAAAUAAGGAACGACUAUUGACCGUGGUCAAAAGUAGUGCACUAUAAAGGGAAUAGGGUGCCAUUUGGGACAUACACUAUGUCUCUGGAGCUCAGCUGUCCAUAAGCAUUUACACAUGCUGCUACGUCAUUUUAUUUUGGGCUCAUUCUUUUACAUGAUUCAACUAUUAUUUGCAAGCUUUAUUAUUCAAAUGAUAUCAAAUUGUAAGCUUUACUAUUCAAAUGUUAAUGAGAUAGAGAUCAGGAUACUAUUUGCACCUGUUUCAGAUGCACUUAUCUGUUCCAUCAAUCAAUGAAAUCUGAAUGGAUCGAUAAAAAGCCCAAUCAAGAAGCCUGUUGAAAAUGUUUGUUGUAUUUAACACGAUUAUUUAACAUGUAUAGAUUCUUCCCUCUUAAACUCUAUUGUGAAUAAGCGAUUACCUCUGACUUACUACAUGCUUCUCUUCUUAACUUGAGUAUACGUAACACAAUUUCACUUAGGGCCCCCAAAAGGCUAGGGCCGCCUCUGACUGCAUAUGUGGGUACGCAGACCUGUGAGCCACUGCAGCCCCUCAUGAGUUCAGAUGUUUUGUGGCCCCUGCCCCCAUCGAAGUUGCCGGUCCCUGAUCUAUACUAUCAAUGUAAUCAUGUAAAUGUAACUGAUCAUGUAUAAAUGUCCCAACAUUUGCUAACAUUGAUCUAUUGGCUAACAUUAAUAAGCCUAGUAGUUUAGAACAUAACUUCUUAUUUAGUUUAAGGCUGCUUCUCUGUUUUUUGUUUCCCAUUUCUAUAUUUGACAUUUCUGUUUUUUCCCCCCUCUUGUUUUUUUGCAUAACCCCACCCACAUAUCCUAUACUUGGUUUUGUCUUCGCCCCCCUCUUCCUCCCUCCUCCCCCUUAUUUCUCCUUCCUUCCUCCCUCCUCCCCCUUAUUUCUCCUUCCUUCCUCCCUCCUCCCCCUUAUUUCUCCUUCCUUCCUCCCUCCUCCCCCUUAUUUCUCCUUCCUUCCUCCCUCCUCCCCCUUAUUUCUCCUUCCUUCCUCCCUCCUCCUCACUCUCCUCCUGCUGCUGCUAAAGCCUCACAGGCUGGGGAAGCUUGCUGACCAGGUAGGGGAUUUCCACGUUCCCUAAUCACCCUCUUCAUCAGGUGUUGUGAGCAGGCAGGGGACAGGAGGGAGGGGCAGGGUACAGGGGAGAGGUUAGGAAGGGAUAGGGGGGGACAGGGUAGAGAACAGGGAUAGCAGUAUAUUGGGGCAUAGUCACAGCCAUGGUCAAGGCUUCUCAGUAGCUUUCUAGGUGGACAGGAUGUGUGAUUCAAAGUGUGGUCAGUUACAGUGAAGUGAUUAAAGGUUAUAUGGUGAUGUCGGGGCCAGAUUUGAUUUAACAGGGAAAGGCAACCCUUGCCACUCUGGUGAGCUAUUAUAGGCUGAGUUAUAAAUGGCACCCUAUUCCCUAUAUAGCACACUACGUUUUGACCAGAGCCCUAUGUGCCGUGGUCAAAAGUAGUGCACUCUCUAGAGGAAAGGGUGCUAUUUGGGAUGCACACACACAGUGUUUGUGUUGCAGCAAUAUGUUCUACUGUCUAAAGGUGUCAUCUGAGACCCCUCUUAGCAAAGCUCUUAGCACUUAGAAAAAGUCAGCUCGUUAAUAUUAAAACCCUGCAGUACUGAAACAUGAACCUGUGCUGGGCCAACUUGUCAAGUGUGGUCAUAUCAUAUCAGUGACAGCUUCCAGUUUGCCUUGGGAUAGAUACUGCCACAGCUCACCUAGACUGCUUUUCCUUCUGAGGCCCAGAGAGAUGGAAAUGCAGUGAGAGUAUAGUAACACCAUGUGACUUGUAUAGUACUAUAUUUCAGUAGUAAUAGCCUAGUCCAAAUUAGCCUUAGCAAACUCAUUUAACUAUCAUGCCAUACAUGUACAAUAGCUGACUAAAGCACAUUCCAAUCUGGACAAUUCUAGUGUAGUGCAGUGUGACUGCAGUAGUAGUAGUAGUAUUGUCAUAGUGUAGGCCUGCUCUAUGUUUGAGUGACUGUAGACAAGGACUGUAGUACAGUAGUAUUGCGAUACUGCUAUAAGACUGUAGUGUGUCCUGUAUGACGGUACCUUGUGUUCUGGUCCGCCUGUGCUCAGGACUGAGUCAGUCUAGCAUGUGCAGCUCUAUGGCUAGACCUGGAGAGCUACCAUCCUGUAGGUUUUCACUCCAACCCUAAUCUAGCUACAACUGGGGUUGGAGCUAAAACAUACAGGAAGGUAGCUCUCCAGGAACAGGGUUGGACACCUCUGGUCUAGCAUGUACGGCGAUAUGGCUGGACUGAGUCAGUCUAGCAUGUGCAGCUCUAUAGCUGGCUGUCUAUGGCUGGACUGAGUCAGGAUCUAGCAUGUGUAGCUCUAUGGCUGUCUUUCUCUCUCUCCGGUGGUGGAUGCUGCUCUGAUGCUUCCUCUGCCAAAGCCUUAGCCAUGCUAUUAAAACAUGCUGCUGAAUCACGGGUGCACUGCAAUCUACCUGGGGGGGAGGAGGGGGCUGGGGAUAGCUCGAGUCCAGAGCAUUGAGGAAAGCGCCGCAUCAGCAAGCUGCAUGUGGACCAGUGCUAGGCUGAGGAAGUCUAGGGAGGGGAGGUUGCUCAGUGCUUUCUCUCUCUAUUUCUUUGUUGGCUGGUUUCUCUUCUUUAUUCAUAUGGGUUUUUUGGUUGUUCACUAACCUACUAGAUAGAAAUACACUCACACACGCGUACUACUGUUCAAGUUGGUGCCUAUGUGCUCAAUGUAAUGUAUGUUGGAAUUGUGUUGUUCUGUCUGUGGGCUUUGACUCUCGUGUCUGGCCAGUCAAGCCUCUCUACUGAACUAUCAGCUUUCAAAGCCGUCUAUUGAAGGGACAGAUACAGAUUGUGUAUGCUCAUUCAGACAUGAUGCACUAUAUCACCAUGUCUACCUCCUUUCUCUCCUUCAGUCUGGUUGUGUAUUCUGUUCUCCCUCAGUGGAUUUCAAGUCACCCUCCCGAUCCUUUCCUCUUAAAAAAACAAAAUAUGUUUUUUGUUGUUUUGUGGCUUCUUUCCGUUUGCAUGAUGUGGAUCAGACUUGAUCUGAUCUCAGAACAGUUUUGUGGUGCACUUUCAUUGUGGGUACGUUUUUUCAUUUUACUUCUGCUCUGGGGCCAUAUACACAAAGCGUCUCGCACUAGAAUAUUGGUCGUAAGUGCUGAGGCUACAGACAUUUUAUUCCUACUCUUAUGGGUAAAAAUAAAAGCUAAGCAUGAAGCCGAUUGAUUUGGAGUUGUUGAAAGAAUAUUUUGAUAUUUCGGAUCAACCUAUAAAUAAUCUAGACCUACAUGCAACAGUAGCCAUCUCUUGCGCUUUUGACAAUGAUUUCACGAGGCCUAAUUCACAUGAUAUGCCUAAUUACUUCUAACCACUAGGCUAAUAAAUAAUCUAUUUUUUUUUAUUUUGAUUAUUUCAUCAAUGAACCUACAUCAUGUUAUUUGAAGUUAUCCUUGAGCGCAAUAUCACGUUUUUAAAAGAUUUUAAAAGAUGCCUGAAUUGGUCAUGCCUAUAAAUUGGGCGAUUGAAAACUAGGGCCUAUGUUAACUUUGAUUGUGUUUGGUGAAAAUGUCCAAAGUGUUAUGCAAAUUAUCGGUAAGUGACACGAUGCCUACUGUGCCAAAGCGAUUUAGAGUUGUUUAAUGGGAGUGACGAUUGUGUUGAUAUAGCGGUAAUAUUAUAAAAAUUCCGCUUUUAACAACCAUCAUACUGUAUGAUCUGUAUGAUGAAUGGUUAUGCAUGCCAACAUAUUAGGCAAUAAUUAACAGUAGGCAAAGUGAUCAUGUCAGGCGAAAACAAGGGAACAUGUCGUCCUCCACGAAUGAUGCAGCGCACGUUUUACCAUUGCAUCAUUUGAUGUAAGUCACAUUCACCGUGGUUGUUUGAAGCGCGCACAGCAUGCCUCAUCGCGAUUGGUUAUCAUUUGCAACCCUGUCAGUGAGCGUCAUCACAAAUUUUCCUUUGCAGUACCUCAAACUGUCUUGAUUACCAGCUGAGAGAAACUUUUAUGAGUUGAUUUUACUCCUGGCUCAGACUUUGACUGGACAGUGUCUUAUCAUCCUAAAACCUACUCUGAGCUGGGAGUUUUUUUGUUGUUUUGACCUUUUCUGAGAUGCUUUGUGGAUACCGGCCCUGUUCUUUUGGUUUGGUUUUUAAUGCCUUCAAACUUUCUUAUUGUCCUCUUCCACCACCAUGGUCUGUCUGAAUGUUGUAGUUAGUAGCCCACUAUGAUUUGUAUUAUUCGUUUUUUCAUUGUAUUGUUUGUUGGACUUGUCUCAAAGCUUCCAUUCGCAACCAGUUUGACCUGUAGGCUUUCUGUUAAGCACUAACAUGCUUGUAGCAUCUAGAUAGUGCUGUGUUAGUGGUAAUGUAAGGCAGCAGACAUCCUAGGUCGGACACUAACCCUGGCAUGUUGUCAUUCUGCAGGGUACUUCAGGACCAGACCCAACUACUGUGUAUGUGGACAUGAGGGCACUGAGGCACGACAGGUAAGGGCAUGCUCCCAUCAGAACAUUAGCUAUGUAGUAAACCAAGUGGUGCAUUUUUUGGUGUACUGUUUAUUAUCUGUCAAUGAGUGACACACAUAGGUCUUCAGAAUCAGAAGUAUGACAUCUAUGCCAACAGAAUGUUGCUCACAACCAAAACAAUUUGAAUGCAGACUGAGUCUGAGACACAGUGUACUAGCAGGGACACAGAGGGGCACUACAUCAGGCAACAUGCUGCACAUUGGGCCCCACAGCUCACAAAUAUAGCUGCUGCUAUUCACAUACACACUGUGUGAUUAUAGACAGUUAUUUUUGUCUCUACCACUGUCCUCCUCCCUGGGAUGUAGCUAUUGUGUUUGUGUUGAAAGUUCAGUUUAAUUUGUAGACUAAAAGGGCUUGUAUAAACAGCUGCAUUGAUGAAACGUGAAAUAAAAGGUUUCAGAAUGUGAUCUAUUGCUCUCCACUAUCCUUUAGUCUUUAUGAUGAAGUGCUCAAUGAGGAGGACUAGCCAGAUGACACGCUGACUAACAGGAUGUGUCUCAAAUGGCUCCCUAUUACCAUAGGGCUCUGUUCAAAAGUAGUGCACUAUAUAGUAAAUAGGAUGCCAUUUAGGAUGCAGCCACAAUAUUGACUCAGCGGCCCAGUAACUCUUCACUUCCUCCCUCACAGGGUUCGUCUGGUUGAGAGAGGGUCUCCACACAGCUUACCACUCAUGGAAUCUGGAAAGGUGAGUCCCUGCGUGACUUGGUGAAUGAAUGAAUGAAUGGUAGUCAUUUACAUAGACAUACUGUACACCCUGAAGUAUUUUUAAUCACUGAUAUUAAACUAGUGUGUGUGCUGUGCUGUAGUUAGUUUCCACAUCUACCCAUCGCCAUAAUUGAGGAAGUGUAGGUGAGAGUUAAUUGUGCCCCGGCAGAGGCAGCGCUCUGCUCUGUUUUACAUGGACCAGCCAGGAGAUCAGGAUCAGUCUGUACCACACAAUAAUUAGGCUUUUAUUUCUCGCAACAUUAAAUCCUGUUACACAGUUUGUGGCUGCGUACCAAAUGGCACCCUUUUGGGAGAGAAAGAGCCGGGCCACUUCACUCUGCUUCAACUCAGUAAAUCAGUUACAUAAAUGGCCUCUCUGAAGGGAGAGGGGAGAAGAGAGGAGUGGAGAGAUGAAAGCACUAAUCGUCUCUUCCUUAAUGCCAUCAGAUUCUACCAGGGGUUCGAAUUAUCAUCGCUAACCCGGAGACCAAGGGACCGCUGGGAGACUCGCAUCUUGGAGAGGUUGGUUGAGACAUAAUCACUCACUCAUUAAACUCAAUACCAGCUACAAUAAAUGAGGCUACAAUACAGUCUCUCUCUGUACUUUAAGUGUCAUAGCUCAUUAGUUAUUCACUCUCUCAUUAGACUAAACUACAGUAGUCUCUCUCUGUGUACUUCAAGUUAGUCCACAUAACUUCCGUCUCACUUGAUGUUAAAGGGAAAUUUGACCAUUUUUUUACUUCAUAUUCAUGAUCUCCAGCACCACCCCAACAUCAACAUAUGUUAAAAUGGCGCGUUUCUAUGUUUUGUAGUAAGAAAUAUAGCGGAAGAUGGUGUUUCCAAUGACCUCAUCAACCAAUUAGUAGGUGUAACAGUGUUGCUUCCGUCCCUCUCCUCGCCCCUACCUGGGCUUGAACCAGGGACUACUUCAAGGUCUCAGAGCGAGUGACGUCACCGAUUGAAAUGCUACUAGCGCGCACCGCUAACUAGCUAGCCAUUUCACACCGGUUACAUAGGCAAUGCCUACUCAUAAUUGGUUAAAAUCACAGGAUGCACACCGAUGAUGUCAUUGGGAACACUUUCUUCCUCUAUGUUUACUGCAAAACAUAGAAACGUGCCAUUUUCACAUAUGUUGAUGAUGGGGUGGUGCUGGAGAUUAUGAAUAUGAAGUUGACCAUUUUAGAAAUGUCCCUUUAGAUAUCCAGUGUAAUGUUAUAAGUUCAGUAAGUGUUAUGUACAGUGGGGAAAAAAGUAUUUAGUCAGCCACCAAUUGUGCAAGUUCUCCCACUUAAAAAGAUGAGAGAGGCCUGUAAUUUUCAUCAUAGGUACACGUCAACUAUGACAGACAAAAUGAGAAAAAGAAAUCCAGAAAAUCACAUUGUAGGAUUUUUAAUGAAUUUAUUUGCAAAUUAUGGUGGAAAAUAAGUAUUUGGUCAAUAACAAAAGUUUCUCAAUACUUUGUUAUAUACCCUUUGUUGGCAAUGACACAGGUCAAACGUUUUCUGUAAGUCUUCACAAGGUUUUCACACUGUUACUGGUAUUUUGGCCCAUUCCUCCAUGCAGAUCUUCUCUAGAGCAGUGAUGUUUUGGGGCUGUCGCUGGGCAACACGGACUUUCAACUCCCUCCAAAGAUUUUCUAUGGGGUUGAGAUCUGGAGACUGGCUAGGCCACUCCAGGACCUUGAAAUGCUUCUUACGAAGCCACUCCUUCGUUGCCCGGGCGGUGUGUUUGGGAUUAUUGUCAUGCUGAAAGACCCAGCCACGUUUCAUUUUCAAUGCUCUUGCUGAUGGAAGGAGGUUUUCACUCAAAAUCUCACGAUACAUGGCCCCAUUCAUUCUUUCCUUUACACGGAUCAGUCGUCCUGGUCCCUUUGCAGAAAAACAGCCCCAAAUCAUGAUGUUUCCACCCCCAUGCUUCACAGUAGGUAUGGCGUUCUUUGGAUGGAACUCAGCUUUCUUUGUCCUCCAAACACGACGAGUUGAGUUUUUACCAAAAAGUUAUAUUUUGGUUUCAUCUGACCAUAUGACAUUCUCCCAAUCCUCUUCUGGAUCAUCCAAAUGCACUCUAGCAAUCUUCAGACGGGCCUGUACAUGUACUGGCUUAAGCAGGGGGACACGUCUGCACUGCAGGAUUUGAGUCCCUGGCGGCGUAGUGUGUUACUGAUGGUAGGCUUUGUUACUUUGGUCCCAGCUCUCUGCAGGUCAUUCACUAGGUCCCCCCAUGUGGUUCUGGGAUUUUUGCUCACCGUUCUUGUGAUCAUUUUGACCCCACGGGGUGAGAUCUUGCGUGGAGCCCCAGAUCGAGGGAGAUUAUCAGUGGUCUUGUAUGUCUUCCAUUUCCUAAUAAUUGCUCCCACAGUUGAUUUCUUCAAACCAAGCUGCUUACCUAUUGCAGAUUCAGUCUUCCCAGCCUGGUGCAGGUCUACAAUUUUGUUUCUGGUGUCCUUUGACAGCUCUUUGGUCUUGGCCAUAGUGGAGUUUGGAGUGUGACUGUUUGAGGUUGUGGACAGGUGUAUUUUAUACUGAUAACAAGUUCAAACAGGUGCCAUUAAUACAGGUAACGAGGGGAGGACAGAGGAGCCUCUUAAAGAAGAAGUUACAGGUCUGUGAGAGCCAGAAAUCUUGCUUGUUUGUAGGUGACCAAAUACUUAUUUUCCACCAUAAUUUGCAAAUAAAUUCAUAAAAAAUCCUACAAUGUGAUUUUCUGGAUUUAUUUUCUUCUCAAUUUGUCUGUCAUAGUUGACGUGUACCUAUGAUGAAAAUUACAGGCCUCAUCUUUUUAAGUGGGAGAACUUGCACAAUUGGUGGCUGACUAAAUACUUUUUUUCCCCACUGUAAAGCAUGAAUUAAAACACUUGUUUCAAAAGUGGUCCUCGAUGGUAAAACAAAUAACAUCGAAUUGCUGUCCUGUCCACAGAUCUGGGUGUGCAGUGGACACAAUGCCAGCGGCUACUUCACAGUGUAUGGAGACGAGGCCCUGCAGUCAGACCACUUUAACUCCCGUCUGAGCUUUGGAGACACACAGACAAUCUGGGCCCGCACCGGCUACCUGGGCUUCCUCAGGAGGACUGAACUCACCGACGCCAGCGGGGGUAAGCUACCCGUUCACUUCACUACCAAAUGUACUUAUCAUUCAUACUUUCACUGGUGCGCUUCACAUCCACUAGCAGCAAUUUGUAAUUACGUGUGUGUGUGUGUGUGCGUGCGCGCAGAGCGACACGAUGCCCUGUACGUGGUGGGGGCGUUGGAUGAGGCUAUGGAGCUGAGGGGAAUGAGGUACCACCCCAUCGACAUCGAGACCUCCGUUAUCAGGACGCAUAAGAGCAUCACAGAAUGGUGAGAACUGUAACUAACUUCAUAAGGCUACAUGAUCAGCAUCCUGGGUUUUUGCACCAUGAAAAAUACAGUAGCUUGGGGAUUUGUGGUUCUGGUGUAGCUCACCAUUUUCGGGGCAUUUUAUCCAAGAGAGAAAGCAAGUAGAUGGCCAGUACGAUACAGAAAACCUUUAGUUAACUAUUUACAGGGAAGAUAUACAGAGAAUACAUAUAGAAGGAUCAGAUCAGCCAAUGGUGUAUAUAUAAUAUCAGGACACACAAUUGCAGUAGGGGCAUUUUAGCAAAUAUGCAGGGGAAUUAUAUUUUCUGUUAUAAUAAUAAUAAUAUGCCAUUUAGCAGACGCUUUUAUCCAAAGCGACUUAGUCAUGUGCGCAUACAUUUUUACAUAUGGGUGGUCCCGGGGAUCGAACCCACUACCCUGGCGUUACAAGUGCCAUGCUCUACCAAUUGAGCUACAGAGGACCAAGUCUGUUAAAAUAUCAUGCUGAUUUUGUCCAAUUUCAAAUAGUUAAUGGUUUGUUGAAAUGGCAGAGUGAGGAGCUAACUUACAACAUGCAAAGUACCUACUGUACUGUUUGUUGUUGUUGCAGUGCAGUGUUCACAUGGAUCAACCUCCUGGAGGUGGAGCUGAAUGGUUUAGACCAGUAGCUCAUGUUGUUUAAACUGACUGUUGAACCUGACUAUCUUUCAGUGCGGUGUUCACGUGGACCAACCUCCUGGUGGUGGUGGUGGAGCUGGAUGGUUCGGAGCAGGAGGCCCUGGACCUGGUUCCUCUGGUGACCAACGUGGUUCUGGAGGAACACUACCUGAUCGUGGGGGUGGUGGUGGUGGUGGACAUCGGGGUCAUCCCCAUCAACUCCCGGGGGGAGAAGCAGAGGAUGCACCUCCGGGAUGGCUUCCUGGCCGACCAGCUGGACCCCAUAUACGUGGCUUAUAACAUG